AUGGGGCUGCCCUGGCCCUUUGCUCUGCGGAGGACCCCGGCCGCUGCCCAGGCGCCAGGGCAGGCGGGCUCCGGCUGCGGCAGGGCGCUCUUUGGACAGCCCCUGGCAGCCCUCUGCGGGGAGGACGGCUCCCUGCCCCAGCCCAUACAGGAGAUGCUGGCUGCCCUGCACAAGGAAGGACCGUCGACAGAAGGGGUAUUCCGAAGAGCUGCCAGCGGGACAGAGUUUUGUGAGCUGCGGGAGGCCCUGGACCACGGUGCGCAUGUCGACCUGGGCAGCCAGCCUGCGCUGCUGCUGGCCGUCAUCUUGAAGGACUUCCUCCGAAGCAUCCCCGCCAAGCUCCUGGUGACAGACCUCUACGAGGACUGGAUGGCAGCGAUGCAGAAGAGCGGCAAGGAGGAGAAGGUUGAAGAGCUGAAAGCGGUGGCCAAGAAGUUGCCUGGAGCCAAUCUCCUCCUCCUCAAGCGGCUGCUGGCCCUCCUCCAGCACAUUGGCCACAACGCCUCCAGCAGCAGAAUGACCGCCAGCAACCUGGCCAUCUGCCUUGGGCCAAAUCUGCUGAGCCCACCUAACGAGGACCUGCUCCCCCUCGAGGCCAUGCUAGCCGUGACCGAGAAGGUGCGCUGGACUGAGCGGCCGGCUGCAGCCUUGCCGGCCCAUGCGAGCUUGGCUGCUCAGAGGUCCCUGGCUGCCUCCUCUCUUGAGCAAAUGCUGGUGGGGUGGCUGCCUGCGAGAGCAGCCCCACAACCACAGCCGCCUGCGCAGAGGCAAGGGUCGGGAGUGGGAAAGGCUGCAUGA